AUGAUUAUAAUUAAAAAUUAUCGGAAUGAACAGCAUCAAGCCCUAGCUAAAACAAUAAUAAUAAUCAAUGGAUGCCGCUAUGAAAUCAAUGAAUUGCCCAAGAAUAAUCAACAACUUAAUGAUAAUUACAAAUUUGACACGGCAAAGAAUUCCGAUCUACGCGAUCAAAAUUUGAAUAAUGAAAUGCUUCCAAUCGUUUCCAAAUUAAAAAUCACCGGUGAGUUGAGCUCUCGAUUGAAUGAAGGCAUGAAAACUUUCAGUAUCGACAUCAACAGACAGAAGCAUCCCAUGAAAAGAGACGAGAAGAGACGGAAUAAAAAUAAGAAAAAUGACUUCCAGAAAUCAAAUUAUAUUCAAAUUUGUUUUUACGAAUAUUCGUUCAUCAUGGAGCCGUGGUUGCUUAUCCCCAUUCAUAAAAAUAUUUCGUCAAUGCACGAGAGGUGA